CCAGUAACGCCAGCGAAAAAUAUUUACCAUGGUUAUUUUAGACGCGACGGCUGGGUAAUGGAGAAGUUAACCGGCCAAACCGGGGUAUAUGCGUAAACAGAACUUUGUAUACUGUAGUUGACAUGUCAUGAUAGUGGCCAAGAAAUCGGUUUUGUUCAAGAGAAUUUAUCUGGAGUCGUGUCCAUCAGACAUUGCAGUCUUCGACUAAACCUGUAUGCAUGAGCAUGGCAAGAUCUGGAACGAUUGGUAUCAUUAUAUUAAACCACUUUAAAGGGAAUCAUCUCCAGUAUUACAGAAGGUUCACCGGAAUGUGGACAUCAAGAUAGUGCUCAAAGUUUUGAUUUGAGAACAUCAGAAAGAGGAUUUAAUUUGCAGAAUCCUCCUUGACUAUUGGAGCAGGUAGAUACUUGCGGGCGAUCUUGCCAAAAUGGUGAAACUGACAAUAGACCUUAUCGCACGCUCGUCUGCGAAUGCGCGGAAGAAGAAAGACGAGGGGUUGUCAACGUACCUCAAGAAACUCACCCAUCUUUAUUUCUCUGAGAAGAACAUUGAUGAAAUUGAUGAUCUCUCACAAUGUCGAAGCCUCUCUGUCCUCUAUCUCUAUGACAACAACAUCUCAGUCAUCAAGAAUCUUGGCUUUGCCGGUAAUCUAACCCAUCUUUAUCUACAGAACAACCAGAUCACAAGAUUGGAAAAUCUCACUCCCUUACACAAACUAUCAAAAUUAUACGUAGGUGGCAAUAGGAUAGCUGUCCUGGAGGGUCUUGAGAAGUUACAGGAGUUGAAAGAGCUUCACAUGGAACAUCAAAGACUACCAACGGGAGAACGGCUGCUGUUUGAGCCAAGGACACUAGUAGCGUUAUCGAUGGGGCUUCAGGUGUUGAACGUCAGUGGCAACAAUCUCGAGGACAUCUCAGAGCUCGGCAUCCUACGUAGCAUCAUGCAGUUUGUCGCUUCGGACAAUAAACUUCGGGACAUGAGGGCGCUCUCCGCUCUCAUCAGCUCCUGGCCAAAGAUAUGGAGGCUGGAACUGGUAGGCAAUCCCAUCUGCAACAAGGCCAAGUACAGGGACAGAGUGAUAGUCAUGAAUACCAAACUAGCUGUCUUGGAUGGAAGAGAGGUCAGUGAAACGGAGAAGAAUUUUUUGUUGAGCUGGAAGGAAGCGAAAGACGCCAAGAAGCGCCAACGGAUAGAGGAAGCCAACAGGAUAAUGGAGAGUAGUCAAGAAAACAUUAUGCAAUCACAACGUGAGCUUCCCCCUGUCUUGCCACCCAAUGGCUCCCGCUGGAAUCGGGCGGCCGCCCCAAACAAGGUCUACAUGAUGCCUGGUAUGGUCGGGGGCAAGAAAAAGUUUGAUGCGGUGCUAGCCAAGUCUCACAUUCCCGCCUCGGCUCCUCAGGGCACCAGAACGAAUCCCCUAGAUAACCUCACCCUCGGUCGGAAAAGCUUGACUGAUUUAGAGCGGCCAGCAAGGAGUAUGCCGAUCCCUCCGCAAGCUCCGGUCUUCCUACCCGAUGAGCCUACUAUGAAUGGCUUGCCUAAUGGAGAACUGGACUUCAACCUCACUGGACAUGUCAUUUCUAUCACCUAGUACACCCCUACUAUCUUGAAAUGGACUCUGCCAGCAUACCGAAAUAGCAAUGGGUGUUGGAUCAAUCUAUUGUGAGAAGAGGGGAUAUUUUUAUGUCAGUAAAUAUUGAUGGAUUAUCACACCUAUUUUGUGGGAUGAGGCCUUUAUCCUUGAAUUUCCUCUGAUGUUGAAUCUGCUUGUACAUUGAACAAGAUAUCUGUUUUGAGGAAGUCUUGUGAAUGAAGGAAAGGAUCUUCAAUGAGGUAUAACCUUCUUGAUUAGCAUCUGUCUUUAAUGUAACAACCUUUCUGUCUUAUUUAAAUUCAAUUCGAUUCACUUUAUUCACAUCCAUUAAAAGGUACAAUAGUGGAGACCGGGGUUAGUUGGAACAUGGGAUAAGUUGAAACAUU